GCACACAGCACCAUCAUAUUCUGGGAAACUCACCUGUGAAGUAAGCCCACCCUCCCCACCAACACCAUGACCAACUCCUGCUGCUCCCCCUGCUGCCCGCCCCCCUGCUACAGCACCACCCACUGCAGGACCACCUGCUGGAAGCCAGCCUGCGUGUCCAGCUGCUGCAGCAGCGCCCCCUGCUGCCAGCCCAGCUGCUGCCAGCCCAGCUGCUGCCGCCCCACGUGCUGCCAGACCAGCUGCUGCAGGACCACCUUCCAGCCCAGCUGUGUGACCAGCUGCCGCCGCACCCCCUGCUGCCAGCCCAGCUGCUGCGUGGCCAGCUGCUGCCAGCCCAGCUGCUGCCAGUCCUGCUGCCGCCCCAGCUGCUGCAGCGACCCCUGCGGCCAGGCCGGCAGCUGCACGCCCGUCUACUGCACCAGAACCUGCUACCACCCCACGUGCGUCUGCCUGCCCAGCUGCUGCCAGCCCUGCUGCCGCCCGUCCUGCUGUGAGCCCAGCUGCUGCCGGCCCUCCUGCUGCAGUAAGCCCACCCUCCCCACCAACACCAUGACCAACUCCUGCUGCUCCCCCUGCUGCCCGCCCCCCUGCUACAGCACCACCCACUGCAGGACCACCUGCUGGAAGCCAGCCUGCGUGUCCAGCUGCUGCAGCAGCACCCCCUGCUGCCAGCCCAGCUGCUGCCAGUCCAGCUGCUGCCGCCCCACGUGCUGCCAGACCAGCUGCUGCAGGACCACCUUCCAGCCCAGCUGUGUGACCAGCUGCCGCCGCACCCCCUGCUGCCAGCCCAGCUGCUGCGUGGCCAGCUGCUGCCAGCCCAGCUGCUGCCAGUCCUGCUGCCGCCCCAGCUGCUGCAGCGACCCCUGCGGCCAGGCCGGCAGCUGCACGCCCGUCUACUGCACCAGAACCUGCUACCACCCCACGUGCGUCUGCCUGCCCAGCUGCUGCCAGCCCUGCUGCCGCCCGUCCUGCUGUGAGCCCAGCUGCUGCCAGCCCUCCUGCUGCUGAGCAGAUCCUCAAAAGACCAUGGUCAUCACACAGCACCGACUCACCAUUUGAGAAACAAAUUCAUUUCCUGCUUUUCUGACCACCAACACGCUCUCACUGAAAUUUGUUACUCUGUGAAUCAGCUCCAUGGAGUGCUAAGUACCUCACCCUGAUUCUCUUCUUCCCAUGGCAUCUUCCUGUAGACUCAAUUUGGAGUUCGGGUCUCAGCUGAGUUUUCAGUCGAGAUCUUCACUCAUAGAUUUCUCUAACUGAUCUACAAUCUUCACAAUCAUGCUUACUUUCUCAAGGUACUUGUGUUUCUUGUAUCCUGCCUUCUUUCCAUCAUCACUUUGUGUGAUCUCCUGAGUAACAGAGCUUCUUACCUGUGUAUUUCUUAAUAAAUUCAAAAGUAUCUUUCAUCCAA